UAAAUGACCUGAGCUAAGAAAAAAAGGAUUCUGAAUUUACAUUAGAAAAAAGAAGAGCGCCAAGUCAGCAGACAUGGACAUAAAUUAUAGAAUAACUAUUGUUCAACCAUCAAAAUAGAGAAUCAAAUUCCAAUAUUUUCUGGGAAAUCACUGUACAAGGCAUCAGCAUGAGAAGCAGAAGAUUGUUGAAGAAAGAACAGAUUUAUGAUAAAGAAAAUAUGGGUUUUGGAUUUGGAUUUGGUUAUCUUGUCCAUCUUUUUUGCUCACUACUUGUGCUGCGGCAUCUUGAGAUGACUGAAGCACAUGGGGAAAAGGUUGAAAGAGAGGUAUAUGAUAUGAAAUUAGGGCGUAAUUUUAAAGAUAAUCAUCUUCGAGUUCAUGCUAGUCGGGAUGAAAACUCAGGCAAGAAUUUACAUGAUCGUUCAUUAUCUCAUAUGAAUCGCUUGGAUCCUGAACUAAAUGUGUUCUUUCAUGUCAAUGAACUUAAAGUUGGGAAGAAAAUGCAUAUCUACUUCCCCAUAAAAGACCCUUCUUCCUCUCCCCCUUUACUGUCCAAAGAAGAAUCUGAUUCUAUUCCUUUCUCAUUAGAAAAACUUCAUUAUAUUCUUCAACUAUUCUCCUUCCCAGAGGGCUCAAAACAAGCCAAAGCAAUGGAAAAUACCCUUCAACACUGUGAAUUUCCACCCCUUGACGGAGAAACCAAGUUUUGUGCCACCUCCCUUGAAUCCAUGCUCGACUCAGCUCGAUCCAUAUUCGGAUUCAAUGCCAAAUUUAAAGUUCUCUCGACUAAUCACCUU